AUGACGGACAACGCCGCGGAGCCAGCGCCGCAGGCAGCUUCAAAUAUGACGCUGGACAACUACACAUUCCCAGCGCACCGGCUUCUGCGACAGCAGAGGACGCCCGAUCGCACUCCGCUGGUUCUCGUCGCCUGUGGUAGUUUUUCUCCUAUCACCUAUCUUCAUCUUCGCAUGUUUGAAAUGGCCAACGACUACGCCCGUAUAAAUACCCAGUACGAGGUUGUAGGUGGCUACCUCAGUCCUGUGUCCGACGCAUACAAAAAGGCUGGUUUAGCAGAGGCGUACCAUAGAUUGCGCAUGUGCGAAUUAGCAGCAGAAGAGACAUCAAGUUGGCUGAUGGUUGACCCGUGGGAGGCUAUUCAACCCGAGUACACGCCAACUGCUAAGGUGCUUGAUCACUUCGAAUACGAAAUCAACCACAAUCUUGGCGGUAUCCUAUCUGCGGAUGGUAAAUCGCGAAAGCCAGCUAAGAUCAUGCUGCUUGCAGGCGCAGAUCUUAUCGGCACCAUGUCUACUCCAGGCGUCUGGGCUGAGAAGGAUCUCGAUCAUAUCCUGGGUAACUACGGCGCCAUGAUCGUCGAAAGGAGCGGAACCGACAUCGAUGAGGCGCUCGGGAACUUAAAGCAGUGGGAAGAUAAUAUUCACGUUCUGACACAAAUGAUACAUAACGACGUGAGCAGCACUAAAAUCAGGCUCUUCCUUAAGAGGGAUAUGAGCGUGCAAUAUUUAAUUCCUGCAAGCGUCAUUCAGUAUAUCGACCAGCACAAGCUUUACAUCUAA